AUGUUUUGCGACAUCUCACGUAUCUCUGCUUUGCAGUAUCUAUGGCCGUCUGCAAACUGUCGAUCGGGACAUCAGUGGCGAACCAACCCAGCUUUGUUAGAAUACAUGCAAAAUCAUCUCGACAAUACUUACACAUCGAAAGUAGAGCGCUACCGACUUGCAAAGGGAUUUGGACAAAUUCUCCUCAGUAACUGUCGUGAGGCUAUCGGAACAGCACCUAUGUAUCGCGAUAGAUCACCGCAGAUGAAUCUCGACAAAGUUCAGGAGUCGAUCCAGAAUCUUUACAAGUUAGUCAACUCUCAACCAAAGAUCUUCAAAUUACAGAUGGCGGCAAUCCGAUCUCUGUACGGUGAGGUAGUCAAAGGUCUUUCCCAUGAUGUGCGUAAUCGACAGGGACCUGGCGCACCGGGAAGUCAAAGACCAUCAAGUCAGUUCCUUCAACCUGUGCAAGCUGAACCGACUGCGCGCUCCAGCGAUGAGACUCCCCUACUUCAUUUGAAACUUAGAGUCAGUGAUCACAACUGGGUUUACAGCAGUAAAUUGACCACUCUCUAUCUUGAUGUUUUGACAGAGAUUGCGUCUGCCGGAUCGACCUUUGAACACGAGAAAGCUUUACAUACUGGAAUCGGUAAAGGUAGUAUUCAGGUUGAAAUCUUGAAGGGUCUCUUGAGUGGUGAUGCUCAAUUUUUAGUCACCACUUCUUGA